GUAGGAAUAGUUGAGACUCUAGCAUGGAUUUUUCUGACGUCUUCAAGCAAUCCAACCAGCUUGCUAGAAUUUCCCCAGAUGGAAAGUAUCUGGCGACCUGCGUGCAGUACAGACUGGUGGUGAGAUGUGAGCACCUUGCAGAUCCUGCCCUCUACACCUGCUUGGACAAAUAUCCUGCAUGGAAUGGUCUUCAGAUUCCUCUUUAUCUCUGCGCAAUGUACAAGAGAGGGCUGGUACAGGUGUGGUCUCUGGAACAGCCGGACUGGCACUGUAAGAUUGAUGAGGGCUCAAUAGGACUGGUCUCCUCGCGCUGGAGUCCAGACGGACGUCACAUUCUCAACACCACCGAGUUCCACCUGAGAAUCACGGUCUGGUCUCUGUGCAACAAAGCUGUGUCUUACAUCAAGUAUCCCAAAGCAUGUGAUAAGGGGAUCAGCUUCAGCAGAGACGGGCAGUACUUGGCUCUGGCCGAACGCCGUCAGUGCAAAGACUGCGUUAGUAUAUUCGUGUGUAACAACUGGCAUUUGCUUCGGCACUUUGAGACGGAGACGGAGGACCUGGCAGGCCUGGAGUGGUCCCCCAGCGGCUGUGUGUUGGCAGUGUGGGACAGCUGUCUGGAGUACAAGGUGCUGCUGUAUUCGUUGGAUGGCCGCUUGCUGUCAACGUUCAGCGCGUACGACUGGUCGCUGGGCAUCAAGGCUGUGUGCUGGAGCCCCAGCAGCCAGUUCCUGGCUGUCGGAAGCUACGAUGAAAAAGUCUGCAUCCUGAAUCACAUCACAUGGAAGAAAAUCAUGCAGUUUGAACAUCCUGCUGCCCUCGAUGACUCCAAAGCUACUGUGUACAUGGAGGUGGAAAAAAGGCCAGCCAGGAGCAGUGAGGAAAUGUCGCUACACAACAUCGCCUCCAGCACCGCGCUGUUCAGCACUCAGAGCAACUAUGACAUCUGCCUGCCGCCGGUCCAGAUCCCGGUCGUGGAUCCAGACCCGGACCGAGCAAACCCCGCCAUGGGUGUGUCCGCCUUGGCUUUCAGCGCAGACAGUCGCUACCUCGCCACGAAAAACGACAACAUGGCCACCACCGUCUGGGUGUGGGACAUGCAGAAGUUGAGACUGGAGGCCGUGCUGAGGCACACGUCGGGCGUUCGCUGCUUCCAGUGGAGUCCCCGGAGCGCCCGGCUGGCGCUGUGCACAGGAAACUCCAACCUGUACAUGUGGUCGCCGGGAGGCUGCAUCGUUGUCCAGGUCCCGUCUGAAGGUCAGUUCCAGGUCCUGUCGUUGAGCUGGCACCCCGCCGGAGACCGUCUGGUCCUGCUUGGAAAGGAGCAGCUGUGUUUGUGCUACCUGGACACUAAUAAGCAGGACAGCUGAAAGACUUCUCAGACUUGAUGAAGCGCCGGCUCAUUUGACCUGACCUACCUGAGGAAAGGUGACGAUUUACAGACCAAUAGAAACACUCCUGAAAGCUUUCACAUGAACUGGAGCUGCUCUAAAUGCUUUUAAGGACCUCAGUUGAGAUUUUCUCAUCAAGAAAGCCUCAAAUCUUUGUGUCUCUUAGUAUUUUUCUAAAUGUUUUUCCAUUAAAAUUUUCUACUGAAGAACCAAACACUGUGAGCUAGUAAAUGUUUACAUAAUUUUAUAGAUUUUCUGUGUAUUUCCAUGAAAAAGUGGAAUUGUUUUGUAAUAAAUUAUGAUCCUUUGAA